AUGCAUGAUGCAUACCGCUAUGAGGUUCGAGAGGUGGAUUACGACUUCAAGAGCGUCAACCCAUUCAAAGGCGCGCCUAUUGAAGAUAUUGAGAAGGAGUGGACGUACCUGAUGAAUGGAGCACACACAUUGCGGGUGCCAGAAGCUGAGAUGAAAAAAGCAAACAUAUCAUCUAUUCAGGUGAAUGAUGGAUCCGGGGACUAUAUUGCUGUGCCUAUUAGUUACCACAUGCUUCACUGCUUAUACAACAUCUAUCGUUACGCCCAUCCUGAUUUCUACGGCGAAGACCCGAGCGGGCCAGAAUGGAUAAAGAAUCACACAGACCACUGUGUCGAUAACCUGCGACAAUUCGUACAAUGCCACGUUGGAACAGGCUUUGAGACCUAUAAAUGGCUCGAUACACGCAAGGCCCCUUGGCCUGUAAUCAGCACAGAUGAGGUUUGUGUUGACUGGACGCAUUUUGACAGUUGGGUUCGCGAACGGGGCAUCCCUGCAAAGGACAUGGGGACGUUCAAAAAUGGGAACCUAGUCAGUCAUCCCUUAUAUGGGCCGGUCUAUGAAGAGGAUUUGCAUAAUAAGACAUUGCCGUCAGAGCAUGGUCACCAUUGA